UAUCGCACGAUACGGGAGUAAAAUUAAAAAAGGGGCCGUCGGGCCCCUUUUUUGCUUCUUAUUCUCAAACCGACGCUCCUCUCUCUCUCUCUUCUUGUUUCUCAACGCUGCCAGAGACGUGGGAGGGAGAGAUUUUCUCCAUUGCAUCAAGAUUUGCCGGUGAAGAAGCUUCAUUCCUCGUUGUGGGGAGUCUUGGGACGGUGGGAAGCUUGGAGAAAGAGGGUUUUUUGGUUUUUAACACCAAGAAGGUAAGAAAUAACUCAUUUUUGCCGUUGAAUCGUUCAUUUCUCUUAUUUCCUACAUUUAUUUGUAUGUUUUUACUUGUUUUGUAAAGAUAUAAUGUCGGAUCCUGCAUGGCAGUGGUGUACAAGGGUGAAUCCCAAAAAUAGAUUAAGAGUUAAGUGCAAUUAUUGUAAGCAAAUCAUAUCAGGAGGGAUUUCUCGCUUUAAACACCAUAUAGCUGGUACACACAGCGAUGUGGCUGCCUGCAAUGGCUCCCAAGAGAUCCCAUUGCCAGCGUAUGUAAAGCACCAGUGUCAGCAACUUCUUGAUGCAGUGAAAGCAAGUAGGAUUGAAAAGGACAUGGAAGAUGCGGAGGAAGGAUAUGGGGACCCACAUGAAGGAGAAGAAAGUGAAGGUGAAGAUGUUCAACUUGAACAAGAAGAUGUUGGUGUCAGUUUGGAAACAACUAAAGGGAAAGGCAUCAUGCAUGGUGGUGGUUCUUCUGCAACCAGAAAAAGAAGAGGUGCAAGUGUAAGUUCAGUUUCACGAGGACGUGGCAGAAGUCAGGGUCGUACUGGUGGUGGUAGAGUACCUACUAUGAAGUCGAGCAAUAUGUCUGGUUCGAUCAAGAAUUUUUUUCCCAAUUAUACUGCUGCUGGUGCUCAGCCUGAGAUUCGUAUAGCCAUGCAAUCAAAGGAUAUUAUUGAAGCAGCAGAUGAAACCAUAGGAAGGUGGUUCUAUGAUGCAUCCAUUCCCUUCAAUGCAGCAAACUCUUAUCAUUAUCAGCCUAUAGCAGAUGCGAUUGCUAGUGUAGGGCGAGGAUAUAAAAUGCCCUCUUUUCAUAAAUUGCGAGGUAAAAUUCUCAACAAUAUAGUUAGAGAUGUGAAGACAUAUUGUGAUGAACUAAAAUUGAGCUGGAAAGCUACAGGAUGCAGUGUAAUGGCAGAUGGGUGGACAGACAUCAAGAACAGAACAUUGGUAAACUUCCUUGUAUAUUGCCCUCUUGGUACUAUGUUCUUAAAAUCUGUUGAUUUGUCUGAUACUCCUAAGACUGCUGAUGUGUUGUUUGGGAUUUUUGAUAAAGUUAUAGAAGAAGUUGGGCCUGAAAAUGUCGUACAAUUUAUCACUGAUAAUGCAGCAAAUUAUAAAGCUGCAGGUGAAAUGUUAGCAGCACGAUAUGGGACAUUUUAUUGGAGUCCAUGUGCUGCUCACUGUGUAAAUCUUAUGCUUCAGGAUCUUGGUGAAAGGGAUGAUAUGAAGUUGACAGUUCACAGAUGCCAAGAAAUCACGAAGUUUAUUUACAAUCAUGCUUAUGUCUUGAAUUUGAUGAGGAAAUUCACAAAUGGGGCUGAAUUGAUUCGACCUGCACAAACACGGUUUGCUACAAAUGUUUUGACUGUGCAGGGUAUAGUCAAGCAAAGAACUUCUCUCAGGCAGAUGUUUUCAAGUGAUGAUUGGGCUGCAUAUCCACAUGCCUAUAAAAGAAAGGCUACGACAGUUGUGGAUACCAUCUUCGAUGUUGACUUUUGGGAAUCAUGUGUGCACUUAUUGAAGAUUUGUGUACCUCUAGUGAAAGUCCUCAGAUUAGUUGAUAGUGAAGAUAGACCUUCUAUUGGAUAUUUAUACGAGUCUAUGGAUAGAGCCAAGGAGGCCAUUAGAGAUAAUAUGAAGGGAAAAAAGAAGUUGUACAUGCCUAUAUGGAAGAUUAUAGAUGAAAGGUGGUCUGGACAACUUCAUCGCCCACUUCAUGCAGCAGCCUACUACCUAAAUCCUGCUAUUAGAUAUCUUCCCACUUUUAAGAAGGACAGAGAGGUCGAGUAUGGCAUGUUGGAUUGCAUUGAUGUGUUAGUAAGUGACAGUAAAGAACAAGACGCUAUCCAUAUGUCGAUCAACAAAUAUGAUACGGCUUCUGGUACCAUGGCGAGAGACACAGCAGUUCGAUGCAGGACAACUAUGCGUCCAGAUUUGUGGUGGGAAAGGUUUGGGCCUGAUUGCCCAGAAUUAAGGAAGCUUGCAAUUAGAAUCCUCAGUCAAACAUGUAGUGCAACUGGAUGUGAAAGAAAUUGGAGUGUAUUUCAGCACAUCCAUAGUAAGAAGAGGAAUAGGCUGGAACAUAAAAGGUUGAAUGACCUUGUUUAUGUUCGUUAUAAUAUGAAGUUGAGACAAAGGCAACUAGAAACAACAUCUACGAGGAAGCAUCACAAUCAAUAUGAUCCUAUCUUCAUUGACCAUUUUGAUAUAUUAGAUUCUUGGGUUGAAGAAGAACCAGCUGCAAUACUUGAUGAGGACGAUCUUGAUUUUUUGAAUGUUGAAGGAGCAGCAGAGAUUGUUGAAGAAGGAGAGGCUGGGGGGGAGCAAUGGAAUGUUGGUGACAUUCCAUUUGCAACAGAGGGGAUAGAAGAAGAAGUUAAUGAAGGAAGUGAAGAUGAUGAUGAAGAAUGAAGAUGAUGAUGCAAAUGACGAUUGACGAUGCUUUUUGUUUUGAGUUUUGAAAACUAUGUCAAUAUGUUCUGAGUUUUGACUUCUGAACUUAUGAAUUGUGAUGUAAUUGAAUACUCUUAGGUUGUUUAGUAUGUUAUUUUGUUUUUUGAAUGUUUGAUUUCUUAUUUUGGAAUGUCUUGUUCAUAUGCAUACCUCAUACUUCAUAGUUCAUAUACAUGAAUGAUGAAUGUUCCUUUAAAUACAUUUUUCUUGAAUUUUUCUGAUUUUUACUAGUUUUUUCGGAUUUUUUUAGAUUUUUUCUGAUUUUUUCUGAUUUUUUAUAAAUUUUUAAUAUUUUUUACAAAUUAAAAAAUUAAUUUUACGAUACGUUACGAUACAUUUACGCUACGUUACGAUACAGUGUAUAGGUCGGCCCGACCGAUACACGAUACGAUACGGCAGUGAUAACAUUGCUUCAUAUA